CGUGUGUUGUUCCAUGGAGGAGCCGGUUCAGUUCUGGUGAAGGUUUUUACCUGGUUUUACCUGGAUUUACCUGGAUUUACCUGGAUUUAACCCGGUGCAGCUACAUGGACCGGACCUCAGGAACCUCCAGAACCUCAGGAUGACGUUUCCGUAUAAAAUCCCCAAGAAGACUCCAGGAGACCGAGACUCCGCCCACCUGCACUCAUCACCACUGUCCCGCCUGCAGAGCUCCACCCCCCAGGUAAAGGGUUACGGGGAUUCUUCCAGCAGAGGAGGAGCCACCAAGGUGCAUGCUGGGAAUGGCUGGGGAUCGUCCUCUAACAGACUCAGCGCCUCCUAUCUGCCGUUCAGGACGGUCGUCAAGGCCGUGCUGGGAAUUAACGAGUCUCCGUCACAGUCCAGGGAGAGAAACGAGUCGUCAGCAAACGGGUGGCGACCUAAGAGAGCGUCAGACCGGCUGCUGCCUCCGUCUGAUACACACAAGAACAGUUCAGGUGUGAAGUCUCCGAGCAGAACCAUCUCCGUGGACUCACUGGACUCCGUGGACUCUCUGGCCGUGCUGAGGGCCCCGGGGCAUGCUGGGAAUUCUUCAGUGUCAGAGAAGAAAGACUCCGCCGACAGGAAGAUCAGCUCAGACAAACCUCUGGGGAAGACGUGGUCCAGUUCUGGUCUGGAGGAGACGAGUGAGGACGAGACGGUCUGUCCCUCCAGAACCAGGACCUCAGACCUCCACCAGUCCUCCUCUUCCUCCUCCUCCUCUUCCUCCUCCUCCUCUUCCUCCUCUUCCUCGGUGAAGACCCUCCCGUCCCUCAGGCCCGGCAGGAGGAGCCUCAGCCCUCCGGAGGAUCUGGAGGAGGAAAGGAUGGAGACCCAGAGAGGAGGAGGAGGGAGGAGGAGAGGAGGGAGGACUGGAGGAUUAAACCUGCCCCACAAGAAACCCAGAACCAGUGAACCCAUUGUUCUGUCCAGUGAAGAAGAGGAGGAGGAAGAGCAGAUCAUAGAUGAAGACCAGAAGAAGUCUCGGACCGGGGUCCAGGGGGGCCAGAGUUCACCGGAGAAGAUGAAGGUUGUGUCAGACCUGAACUCUUCCUUCCUGCAGAUUCCCUUCUCUUCUCUCCACGCUGGACUGAUGAAAACAGAAGCUAACGGACCCUUGAUGAUCUCCGACAGCGGCAUCACCCUCCCCCUGAAAGGCUCGGAGGACGGCGAGGACGGAGAGGUUUCCAUCGUAGCGUCGGAGGUCCGCGGCUACGGCGUGUGGGACGGGGGCGUGGCCGGGGGCGGGACUCUGCUGCAGGGCCGGACAGGCCCCGCCCCUUCGCUGCUCUUCCUCUGGGUGUCGGACGCUCAAGCUAACCUGCUGCACCGGGAGCUGGCGGCCAUGUUGGAUCCCGCCGCCGCCGGUCCUCCCUGCUGCCUCCUGCUGGUGGUUCUGCAGCAGCAGCUGCCGGAGAUGCAGGCCGGGAUUCUGGCCUCAAUUCUGGACAUGGACCAGUACCGGCUGGGCCGGGGAGGCCCCGCCCCCUCCAGGACAGGCCCCGCCCCCUCCUCCAGAGGCCCCGCCUCCCCGCUGGACUGGGCUGAGGGGCUGGUUCUGGUCCACAACCUCGGUCCUCCGGUGGACCAGCACCUGCUAAAGCUGCUGGGACGAUCGGCGGAGUCCAGUCGGCCCGGUCUCGGCCUCAGGACCCGGUCCGGCCUGAAACCCGCUGGUCAGGGACAGCUGCCCACCAGGCUGAUCCAGUACCCUCUCCAACCCUGUAAGGGCCGGAUCUCCGUUUCCAAGGAGGACCUGGUCUGUCUGGGGGACGGACAGUUUCUCAACGACGUCAUCAUCGACUUCUACCUCAAGUUCCUGCUCCUGGAGGGCGUGUCCGGGCCCGUGGCCGACAGGAGCCACGUCUUCAGCAGCUUCUUCUUCAAGCAGCUGAGCCGGCGGAGAGCGGCCGGCGAGGGCGACGCCCCCUCUGUCCCCGACCGGCGCACACGACACCAGCGGGUGAAGACGUGGACCCGGAACGUGGACAUCUUCACCAAAGACUUCCUGUUUGUGCCUGUCAAUCAAGAGGCUCACUGGUUCCUGGUGGUGGUCUGUUUCCCGGGCCUGGAGGAGGUCCAGAAGGAGGACUUCCAGAACCCAGCAGGUGCACCUGAACAACAACCCAAGGAAAACCAGCGGAACCUGAAACCACCGGAAUGUUCUCAGCUCGGCUGCCAGAGGAAAACGGUGACCAAGAGCACAGGUGGGGUGGUGGGCGUCUGGGCGGAGGAGUCUGUCACAGGUGAAUGA